UGCGAUGUGUUUAGUGAUCGUGGUGGUCUUUGGGGAUCGCAGGCAGGAGCUGCGAGAAGUGGCGUCCGCUCUCUCUUUUUCCACGGCAUUUCAGCCGAGGAGAGGGAGCUCAGGGGCCGGCUCCAGGCGAACAGCUUUGGGAGCGGCGAAUUGGGGGGGAGGGUGUUAUUUGCUGCCAUCGCCGGAAAAACUCAUCUGUUGCGCUCAUCUGUUGCUGGGCGCUUGGAGACAAGAGCAAGGUGAGGCGAAAGGCGAAGACGAAGAUGAUCAGGCACAGGCACAGCCUUUCCCAGUCCACGUCUACGAUGGCGGCGAUGGUCGUCUUGCUGUUGCUGGGGCUUCUCCAGCUUGCUGUUCCUGGACUUGCUCAAAGUCCGCCAUCUGGUAUGGUAAAGAUCGACAGCUUCACCUAUUCUGGCUCUGGCUGUCCGCCUGGAAGUUCGGGGGGCGUAGUCUCCUCUGACGCAACGACGUUCACUGUAGUUUUCGACAAGUACACGGCGUUCAGCCCAGAAAGUGCAGCCGACCGGCGGAAAAACUGCCAACUGUCCAUCGGCCUGACCUAUCCUGCUGGGUUCGUGUUUACUCUGGAGAGUGUGACAUUCCGCGGGAACUCAAAAGGCGGCGAGGGUUCACUGGCAGCCUCGUACUACUUCCCAGGUAUUCCAGAGACAGUCAGAUUGCAGCGCAAACUGCCUCCUCCCACGGAAGGCAACUUUGAGCUCACCGAGAAGUUCUUAACCUUCAUCUAUUCGCCGUGUGGCACUGAGUCGGUGAAGCUCUAUAUCAAUUUCGAGGCAAGAGUAAGGGGGGGCUCGAUCACCGUCGCCAGCGUGGAUUUUCGUCUCCUCUGGAAGAAGUGCUAAGGGCAUACGCGCACUAAAGCGUUUCUGGAGCAUCUGGCUGCAAAUGCAGCCAGAUGCACAGUUCAGAAGAAAGUCGUAAUGUGAGGAUGCUCUAAGCUGAUUAAACCAGGCGUCAACAACAGGGCGCCGGGCGGUCGUUCUACAUCAGCAAGCUACUUGGAGAGAAGCAGAACGAGCGACCGGGAGGAGCCCAACAUGGAGCUAAGUGGAUGAAUCUAUCUAUCGGUCCGCAGCUGCAUUGUCAGGGGCACGCGGUCUGCUAAGAACUGGCGACAUCACCGACACAGGCGAGCGGACGUGUGUCCAAGAGCACUUUGCUGAUGGAGCUCAAUAGGAAGCCUACACAGCCAGUUGUGGAACUGGUCAGUCAACCAUCAUUAUAAUUAUAUAUAGUACGUGUUUAAUGUCUGGCGGGCGAGCGAGUUUCCACGUCCUGUAAUUUCUAAACCUGGAAAAGAAUAGGCUGGCAUGUAGCACUUCCGGUGGGGAAGACCCCAACCCGAGUGCGAGAACUGUUGCGUAAAGAUGAAGUAGACGGCCGUAGCAAACAACAAGGCAGGCUACCUAGCUCUCUCUCUCUCUCUCUCUCUCUCUCUCUCUCUCUCCCCCCCCCUUUUGUUUGCUAGCUCGCUUGCUCGUUCGCUUGCUCCAUGUGUUCGUGUGUGACGCACAGAGUGCGAGUAGACACCCACAGAAGGCGCUCAGCGUUGCAGUUGAAUUCAGAGGGAGUAUCUUGAAUCUCGACCGCGGAGGCCCGAAGUGGGAUAUUAACAUGAAUAUGAUCUCUUCUGGUAAUGAAGAAUCGUCUUUUCCAAUGAAUUCCUGCAUAUGUUCAAUUUCUUGAAAUCGGUGCAUUUUUCGCCUGUAUGAUGUAUCAAUGUGUUCGAGAAAAGUUAUAGAUGCCCCCCGCGGUGAAACCUUUGUAGCGAUUUCUCCCCAAAAUGGACUUGUUGCGUCGGAGGUCCCCCACAAACUUUUCUGUCAUUCUUGCACCCCGGUCUGAGGCCGGUAGGGUCUCAGACCGGGCCUGAGGCCGCCUCAGCUUGAUUUCCAGCCGCAAGCCAACCCAGUUGUACGUGGGCGAUAGUCGGGUUCGGUACAUUCGAGAGGGCAUAGCAUACUCGCGUCCCCACUUCCUUCACCUCACCUGCGCCCGAUUCAAGAAAGAUACAUCCAAGAAAGUGUAAGUGUGACGCAGGUCCGAAAAUGACUUCCCGCCAUUUUUGCAUAGCGGGCAUUACCCAGUACGGGGCCAGAGGUACUCGGGCCUUCACCUCACCUGGGCCCGAUUCGAGCAACAUACAUCCAAGAAAGUGCAAAUGUGCCGCAGGUCCGAAAAUGACUUCCCGCCAUUUUUGCAUUGCGGGCGUUACCGGCCCAGUACGGCCAAAGGUACUUGAGCCUUCACCUCACCUGGGCCCGAUUCGGGAAAGAUACAUCCAAGGAAGUGCAAGUGUGCCGCAAGGUACUUGAGCCUUCACCUCACCUGGGCCCGAUUCGGGAAAGAUACAUCCAAGGAAGUGCAAGUGUGCCGCAGGCCGAACGGAAACUUCGAAAAGAGCCAAGCUUAUCAGCUUCCGCAGCCUCAGGCCCGGUCUGAGGCCCUACCGGGGAGCAAAAAAUACAGAAAAGUUAUUGGGGGACCUCAAAUGCAGCAAGUCCAUUUUUGGGGAGAUAUGGAUACAAAGGUUUUGCCGCGGGGGGCUUCUAUAACUUUUCCCAAUGUGUUCGCGUGUCCCCCCUCUGUCAUGAUUGCAGUGCGUUUGCGCGUAGCACCCGUUGUUGGUUCCUGUGGAGUGUAUGCCUUGCUCUUCCUGCCAAGUGGUCUGAGCCCUCCUUGUAUUUGCAGUCGCUAGCUGGUUCUCGAUCUCAUGGCGCCACUGUCUCUCCACGCUUUCUUAACGAACAGAGACUUAGCCUUUAAGCCUGCUUCGCUUGUGCUUGAACGA